GGAAAUCAGUAAAUCGCAGAAUUUAUGCAUUACAAUCAUGUAUUUUUAGCUAUUAUUUGUAAAUAAUUGAGGAAAUGACCUUUGCAUUUUAACAUUGAAAAAAAUUAUUUUAGUGUUCAGUCAGAUAAGCAGACGACAGUCUUGCUAAUAACGGAGCAAAUACCUUCUAUUUGUUUGUUUAAUUUUUUGUUAUCUGCAUGUAAAGUAAUAUCGUUUAAACUUUUAUCAGUACUUUGAUAAUUUUAUAUUUUAUUGUUACCCGAGCAAACAGUAGUGUAGUUGCAACGUUGAAGCGAACAGAAUAAUUAAACAUGAGUAAUUUUGGGCCACCAGUUACGCAAGUUCGAGUCGCCGAUUUAGAAUCUGAUGCAUAUGAUGCAUUAGUUUUGGUAGCUACACCAAAACAAAAGAUUAGCUCCCCUGUACUGUCAAGGGCAAUAUCUGAUGCUUUAAAUUUGGAUCCGGCGCUAAAAACUGAAAUAGCAGUCUUGCCAGUCUCUCUACCAGCAAAAAGGCUAGUUUACUCACCUACAGGUCCAAUUGAUCCAGAUUACGAUGAUCUCAGAAUAUUCAAGACUAGCGCGGUCGCUGGAAUUAAACGAGCACUGAAAUCGGGAAGCAAGAGACCACUGUUGGUGAUUGAAGAAAAUAAUUAUACUAAUGGGAAAUUGGUCAUUCUACUUGGGGCUUUGGAAGCUUUAUACACGCCAAUCCAGGUUCGAGAACAUGACCCAACGAAAGAACAUAAAGUUGAAUACCUUGGAGUAUGGACCAAAUAUGUGGAAGAAUCCAACAAGCUUGCACAAUUAGCACUGAUAUUAGAAACUGGUAGGAGAGUAGCUUGUGAUAUUGGUGAUGCUGAUCCCGAAAGAAUGGCACCUCCAAGAGUAGAAGAAUACGUUAGGAGCUUGUUCGCAAACACACCAAUUAAAUUGAACGUUAUUUCCGAUAUUCAACAAAUCUCGAAAGAAUAUCCACUAUUUGAGGCUGUUAAUAGAGCUGCCAGUUGUCAAGAAAGGCAUAAGGGAAGGAUUAUGUUUUUGGAGUACGAACCUUCCGAAUCGGUGAAGGAGACAUUGUUCUUUGUGGGAAAAGGUGUCACAUACGACACUGGUGGUGCUGAUGUCAAAACUGGUGGAUACAUGUUGGGAAUGUCCAGAGACAAAUGUGGUGCUGCUGCAGUGCUGGGAUUCAUGCAAGUAGUCAGUUUGCUAAAGCCAAAGAAUGUCAGGGUAGUAGCUGGAGUGGGAAUAGUGAGAAAUAGUAUUGGCUCUAACAGCUAUGUUUCUGAUGAAAUUAUUACAGCCCGAUCAGGCGCUAGAAUAAGGGUCAUCAACACUGACGCCGAAGGGCGUAUGAUCAUGGCUGAUAUUCUAUGCAGAUUUAAAGAAGAGGCGCUCGCUGCAGUGAAUCCCCAUCUUUUCACCGUAGCUACUCUUACUGGACAUGCCUGCUUAACUGUUGGAAUGGGAUAUUCUAUUGUAAUAGACAAUGGUCCAGCUCAUAAACAAAUGCAUAGUAAAAGGCUUCAAAAAGCCUCAGAUGAUAUUGGAGAUCCGUUUGAAAUUUCCACUCUCAGAAAAGAAGAUAUUACUGCCCAUCAAGGUGUGGCUGAAGGUGAAGAUAUAGUCCAAGGGCAAUCGAAGCCAUCUUCUCAGUCUAUGAGAGGGCAUCAGGGGCCAGCCGCAUUUUUACUUUUGGCUUCUGGCUUGGACAAACAUGGCUCUGGCAGUAGUAAUCCUUUAAAAUAUAGUCACCUAGAUAUCGCUGCUUCCGCUGGACAUCUACCAAGUCCUGCCACUGGAGCUCCUCUAUUGGCUUUGGCCCAAUCAUACCUUUUAUAAAUCAUAUCCGUUUAUUUUAUAUCAAUAAUUAUUCCAAUUAUAAAGUAAUUCUUCCAAAAAAUCGUUUAUAUGCUAAUACCAACUAGCCAAUAUGUCAAUAAUUGAAUGUCUAACAAUAAAACCUGAUGUCUGUAUGUACGU